UCCUACGCACUGCAAACCCUAGAAUCGACUGCGAGAGAUUGGGGCAAAGCGAAGGAGAUGGCGAAGUCUAUGAGGUCGAAGCGAAAGAAGAGGCUGAGGUCUUUGAGGAGGGAGAUCGCCGAGCCCUUCUACGAGAAGAAAGAGGCUGCCAAGCUUGCUGCCCAGCAAGCUGCUCUUGAAGCCCCCAAGCUUCCUGUACGCGUUCACAAGAAUGACUCCGAGGCCGAUGUGCCAGCCGAACCGUCCACUGCCAUGGGUUAGCUCCAUCUUUCCACUUAUUUUGAUCUAUGUUUACA